ACUUCCCAGCUGCCCCGUGCAGCUCGGGCAUGCCCAGUGUGGGCGCAGCCCCGGCUGUGGGAACGCCGGGGCAGAGCGGGCAGCCAGGCGCGGAGCAGGCGAACCAAGCCUCGGUGGGCGAGCUCCCGGGCCGGAGCCGCCGCGGCAGGGCUGCGGGGCCCUCCAUGAUGAGAAAUUUGGGGGUACUUCCUCUCUGUAAUUGAUAGUCUGGGCAGUGAAGAGAUGGCUGACAGUGUCAAAACCUUUCUGCAGGACCUUGGAAGGGGAAUCAAAGACUCAAUCUGGGGCAUCUGUACCAUCUCAAAACUAGAUGCUCGGAUCCAGCAGAAGAGAGAGGAGCAGCGCCGAAGAAGGGCAAGUAGUGUCUUGGCCCAGAGGAGAGCCCAGAGUGUAGAGCGGAAACAAGAGAGUGAGCCACGCAUUGUUAGUAGAAUCUUCCAGUGUUGUGCUUGGAACGGUGGAGUAUUCUGGUUCAGUCUCCUCUUGUUUUAUCGAGUGUUUAUUCCUGUGCUUCAAUCAGUAACAGCCCGGAUUAUUGGUGAUCCGUCACUGCAUGGAGAUGUUUGGUCAUGGCUGGAAUUCUUCCUCACAUCAAUUUUCAGUGCUCUUUGGGUGCUCCCCCUGUUUGUGCUUAGCAAAGUUGUGAAUGCCAUUUGGUUCCAAGAUAUAGCUGACCUGGCAUUUGAAGUAUCAGGGAGGAAACCUCAUCCAUUUCCCAGUGUCAGCAAGAUAAUUGCUGACAUGCUCUUCAACCUUUUGCUACAGGCACUUUUCCUUAUUCAGGGGAUGUUUGUGAGUCUCUUCCCCAUCCAUCUUGUGGGUCAGCUGGUUAGUCUGCUGCAUAUGUCUCUUCUCUACUCACUGUACUGCUUUGAGUACCGUUGGUUCAAUAAAGGAAUUGAAAUGCACCAGCGAUUGUCAAACAUAGAAAGGAACUGGCCUUACUACUUUGGAUUUGGCUUGCCUUUGGCUUUCCUCACGGCAAUGCAGUCCUCCUAUAUUAUCAGUGGCUGCCUCUUCUCUAUCCUGUUUCCUUUAUUCAUCAUCAGCGCCAAUGAAGCAAAGACUCCUGGAAAAGCAUAUCUUUUCCAGUUACGCCUCUUCUCCUUGGUGGUCUUUUUAAGCAACAGACUUUUCCACAAGACAGUCUACCUGCAGUCAGCCCUGAGCAGCUCAUCCUCUGCAGAGAAGUUCCCUUCUCCACAUCCUUCUCCUGCCAAACUGAAAGCUGCUGCUGCAGGCCACUGAUUCUGUCCAAAGGGGAUGGGUGGGUGGGAUUGGGUGGAGGAUGUGGCAGCUCUUUCUCUGUUUUCCGCCCCCUGCCUCGGAAGGCAGGACCCACUGCCAAGGCCCUCUGCAUAUUCCCCUCUCUUGGAUGAAUUGGAAUUUUUGUCUCUGGUGCAGUAAGGCAGAAUCUUCCUGACUCCAGUAUGUGGUUUUUUUUUUUUUUUUUACCACCACCCUAGGUCUGAAAGGACUGGAGUUUUCCAGCUGUUUCUAGCAUUUGCCAGCUCCUGUUCCUGGACUGACUGACUACAUUUUUUUCUUUUCCUAUUAGCCCCGUGUCAUUUACCCUCCCACUUUUACUUGCCUUCCAGCACCCCUGGAUGAAUGGGCUUUGUAAUUUUAACUGUUGUAUUUUGUGAAUUUGUUGUUACUGUUUUUCUGUGAAGCACAUACAUUGGAUGUGGGAGGUAAAGGAGCAUUCCAGUUGCUCCAGGUCACUCCUUCUAUAGCCAUCACUGUCUUGUUUUCUUGUAACUCAGGUUAGGUUUUGGUCUCUCUUGCUCUGCUGCAGAAAAGGAAAGAAAGAAGAAAAAAAAUCAAAAAUAGAGCCUGAAGAGAUGGGACAGAUAGAUUGAGAUAAACUAGCUGGGUUUUGAAGAGUUGUUUUUUUUUUUUCUUCCCCUUGAAGGGGAAACAGCUUUUUUCACUGGUACAAAUUAAGUUCCCCAACUAUGGGGCUGUACCAGUUCUGGACAAGUGCCACUGCAUCACAGAGUGCUCAGAGGAUCUGAGCUGUUUAACCCUGAAGAUGAAAUUCACUGUUGGCCACUGCCAGGUCUCAUUGGUGUUUUAAGGAAUAUUGGGUGCUUCAUAUAGGAACUGAAGGGGUAAACUUAUUAAACCCAUUCAACCUGUGAUUGGUGAUGUUUUCCUGUCAUUUUAAGAGUCUAAAUAUGGGGUGGGAGGGCAGAUGUAAAAAACUUGUACAAUUUUAAAAUAUCACAAUUAAACGUGAGUUUCCCAUAAAA